AAAUCUGAUUCCAAUUUUUAUUUGAUUUCAUUUUUUUCCAUCCCUUUUUUUUUUUCUUUUUUCACCCCAAUUGGAUUAAGCCGAGAGGGAUUGUACAAAGCCCGGAGUCUGCAGAGUUUUCUAAGGACCCCCCGACCAAGGCGCACAGUGGUCCCCAGAUGAGCGGCCGAGAGUUUCCCGGUGGAUCCAAACUCUGAACGCUGAAAAGUGCCCAAGAACUCAAGAAAGAGAAUUCCAAAAUGGAUUACAGCUCGUUUAGUGGGGCCCCUCGGUUCCUCACGAGGCCGAAGGCCUUCAUGUUGUCGGUGGGGAAAGACGCCACGCUCAGCUGCCAAAUAAUCGGAAGCCCCAGGCCCACCGUCACCUGGGAGAAGGACAAGCUCCACAUCGAGUCGGGAGGCCGGUACAAAACGGUGGCGGACGACAACCUAUAUCGGCUCACCAUAUACGACUUGAACUUCGGAGACAGCGGCCAAUAUAUUUGUAAGGCUAUCAACAACAUCGGCGAAGCCUUCGCGGCUGUUACAAUCAAAGUGGGCGACGACAAGGAGAGCACGGUGGCGGAAUGCAGUCCGUAUUUCAUCCUGAAGCCGAUCACUGCCAGGGUGAACCUUGGGGAAGAUGCCUCCUUUCAGUGCAAAGUCUUGGGCAACCCAACCCCAUCCGUAAACUGGGAGAAAGAUGGCCGACAGCUCGGGAAAGGCUCCGAUUCCAACCGCAUACGCGUGGAGGCUGACGGAGAGUCCAGCUCCUUGAGGAUACACUGUAUCCGGUUUUCAGACAGCGGGACUUACAUAUGCCGAGCCGAGAGUCCCGCGGGCCAAGCGACGGCAUCGGCUUCUCUGCUCAUCGACUCGUUUAGCAAUCUUAACGCAAACAGCACGAGUGCUCUAGAGACGGGAUACGGGAAGAGCACCUCGCUAUUAUCUCACCUGCAGAAACGACGCGAGGAAAUGCGGAAGUCGGACAUCUCUUACCUCGGGUCGUACGACUCAAAAGUCACGUCCUACUCCGCUCUCGACUCCGGUUUGGGUUUCGGCUUGUCUCUGGACUACGAAAGGGCAGCUUCCCUGACCCCCAAAGCGACCCGCGACGGGUCCGUGGGGGUUCUCACGCGCACCUGCACCGUCACCGAAGGCAAGCAUGCCAAAAUGAGCUGCUAUGUUACAGGCGAACCCAAGCCGGAGAUCGUAUGGAAAAAGGACGGGGAGGUGAUCGCGGAAGGACGGAGACAUGUCGUGUACGAGGACGAGCAGGAGAACUUCGUACUGAAAAUCCUCUUCUGCAAACAAAUCGAUAAUGGCUUAUACACCUGCACGGCGUCCAAUCUCGCCGGACAGACCUACAGCUCCGUACUCGUCAUAGUGAAAGAGCCCAGAGUGCCCUUUAGGAAAAAGUUGACGGACCUGGAGGUGCGGGAGAAGGACUCCGCCACUUUCCAAUGCGAGGUCCCGCUUUCCAUCACCGAGUCGGCCUGGUUCAAGGAGGAAACUAAAAUUCAGCAGAGUUCCAAAUACAGCAUCGAGGAGGAAGGAACCGUCAGGAGGCUCACGAUACAGAACGUCACGGCCGACGAUGACGCCGUCUACAUCUGCGAGAUGAAAGAAGGCAGCCGGACCAUCGCCGAAUUAUCCGUCCAAGGGAAUAUAAUUAAGAAACUCCCGAGGAGGAUGGCGGUUCCGGUCAAAGACACAGCCAUCUUCUGCGUUGAGUUGGAAAACGAUUGUCAGAAAGUCCGUUGGAUGCACAACGGAGAAGAAGUUAUCCCCGGGGGCCGCGUUUCCAUCACGUCCUCAGGCAAGCAGCACUCCAUGAUCAUACGCGAGUGCCAGAUCAGCGACUCCGGGGAGAUCGCCUUCAUUGCAGAUGAAUGUAGAACGUCCACCAAGUUCACCGUCUCCGCUUUAAGGAAACCUCCAUCCGCUGCCCCUAUUAACCCCGUGGUGACCGAUAAAACGGAAACCUCUGUUAAAUUAACCUGGUCCCCUCCCCCUAUGGAACGACCGGUGGCCAUCGACGGGUACAUCGUAGAACGGAAGAAGCUGGGAGCCAUGAGUUGGGUGAGGUGCCACGAAUCGGCCAGCGUCCCGGUCUCAGAAUUCACCGUCAGCCACGUCCCCGACGAAGGAAGUUUCCAUUUCCGCGUCAGCGCGGUGAAUAGUUACGGUCAGAGCCCGUAUCUGGAGUUCCCGGGGACGUUGCACCUUGAACCCGUUCCUUCGGUGAAAACUCCCCUGAAACCCGUUGAAGUUACGAUAGGAGGAGACGCCUCGUUCUCCGUCGACCUCACCACCGUGUCUUCCGGCCUCUGGCUCCUAAAUGGAAAAACCGUGCAAAGCAACGAGAAAUACGUGAUAAAGAGGCUGAAGAACACGCACGUUCUCACUAUCAAGAGCGUCACCGAGGAAGACGACCAGCUGGAAGUAAAAUUCAUCUCUAAGGGAAUCGAGAACUCGACUCAGCUGAGAGUAAAAGCGCUCCCUCAUUUUACAAACACGCAGAAGGCAAGAGACGUGAAGGUAACGUAUGGUGAGCAGGCAGAAUUAGUCUCUGAAAUGUCAGAGGAGAACGUCAAGGUUUCGUGGUAUAAAGGCGGCAAAGAGAUCCGACAAUCCAAAAAAUUCUUCCUGGAAACGAAGGGGAAAGAGAACAAACUGGUGAUCGUGUCGGUAAAGAAAGAAGAUGAAGACGUUUACACGUGCAAAGUCGGUUCUGACGCCGUUACAUUUAAUUUAAAAGUUACAGAACCGGCGCCGGCGUUUGCUAAUCUGGAGAAGGUCCAGAAGGAGGUCCAAGCCGUCCUCAGCGAGACGGCCACCCUGAGCUGCGAGGUGUCCGAGGCCAAGACCGAGGUGAAGUGGUACAAAGAGGGGAAGCUCAUCACCUCCAGCAAGCGGGUGAGGGUAGAGUCUGAGGGCAAAUCCCGCCGUCUGGUGGUGGAGCAGGUGGAGAAGAAAGAUGGCGGAGAAUACAGCUGUGAGGCCGGCGGACAGAAAAUCAACUUCAAGAUCAACGUGAAAGAACCAGAGCCGGCAUUUACCAAUCUGGAGAAGAUCCAGAAGGAGGUCCAGGCUACCUUGAAGGAGACGGCCACCCUGAGCUGCGAGGUGUCCCAGGGCAAGACCGAGGUGAAGUGGUACAAAGACGGGAAGCUCAUCACCUCCAGCAAGCGGGUGAGGGUGGAGUCUGAGGGCAAAUCCCGCCGUCUGGUGGUGGAGCAGGUGGAGAAGAAAGAUGGCGGAGAAUACAGCUGUGAGGCCGGCGGACAGAAGAUCAACUUCAAGAUCAGCGUCAAAGAACCGGAGCCCAUGUUUAUCAACCAGGAGAAGGUCCAGAAGGAGGUCCAGACCAUCUUGAACGAGUCCACCACCCUGAGCUGUGAGGUGUCCCAGGCCAAGACCGAGGUGAAGUGGUACAAAGACGGGAAGCUCAUCACCUCCAGCAAGAGGGUGAGGGUAGAGUCUGAGGGCAAAUCCCGCCGUCUGGUGGUGGAGCAGGUGGAGAAGAAAGAUGGCGGAGAAUACAGCUGUGAGGCCGGCGGACAGAAGAUCAACUUCAAGAUCAACGUCAAAGAACCGGAACCUGCAUUCAUCAACCAGGAGAAGGUCCAGAAGGAGGUCCAGACCAUCCUAAACGAGACGGCGACCCUGAGCUGUGAGGUAUCCCAGGCCAAGGCCGAGGUCAAGUGGUACAAAGACGGGAAGCUCAUCACCUCCAGCAAGAGGGUGAGGGUGGAAUCUGAGGGCAAAUCCCGCCGUCUGGUGGUGGAGCAGGUGGAGAAGAAAGAUGGCGGAGAAUACAGCUGUGAGGCCGGCGGGCAGAAAAUCAACUUUAAGAUCAACGUCAAAGAACCAGAACCUGCCUUCAUCAAUAAGGAGAAGGUCCAGAAGGAGGUCCAAGCCGUCCUGAACGAGUCGACCACCCUGAGCUGCGAGGUGUCCCAGGACAAGGCCGAGGUGAAGUGGUACAAGGAAGGGAAGCUCAUCACCUCCAGCAAGAGGGUGAGGGUGGAAUCUGAGGGCAAAUCCCGCCGGCUGGUGGUGGAGCAGGUGGAGAAGAAAGAUGGCGGAGAAUACAGCUGUGAGGCCGGCGGACAGAAAAUCAACUUCAAGAUCAACGUCAAAGAACCGGAGCCUGCAUUCAUCAACCAGGAGAAGGUCCAGAAGGAGGUCCAAGCCGUCCUGAACGAGUCCACCACCCUGAGCUGCGAGGUGUCCCAGGCCAAGACCGAGGUGAAGUGGUACAAAGACGGGAAGCUCAUCACCUCCAGCAAGAGGGUGAGGGUAGAGUCUGAGGGCAAAUCCCGCCGUCUGGUCGUAGAGCAGGUGGAGAAGAAAGAUGGCGGAGAAUACAGCUGUGAGGCCGGCGGGCAGAAAAUCAACUUCAAGAUCAACGUGAAAGAACCGGAGCCUGCAUUCAUCAACCAGGAGAAGGUCCAGAAGGAGGUCCAGACCAUCUUGAACGAGUCCACCACCCUGAGCUGCGAGGUGUCCCAGGACAAGACCGAGGUGAAGUGGUACAAGGAAGGGAAGCUCAUCACCUCCAGCAAGAGGGUGAGGGUAGAGUCUGAGGGCAAAUCCCGCCGUCUGGUGGUGGAGCAGGUGGAGAAGAAAGAUGGCGGAGAAUACAGCUGUGAGGCCGGCGGACAGAAAAUCAACUUCAAGAUCAACGUGAAAGAGCCAGAGCCUGCAUUCAUCAACCAGGAGAAGGUCCAGAAGGAGGUCCAGAGCAUCCUGAACGAGUCGACCACCCUGAGCUGCGAGGUGUCCCAAGACAAGACCGAGGUGAAGUGGUACAAAGACGGGAAGCUCAUCACCUCCAGCAAGAGGGUGAGGGUAGAGUCUGAGGGCAAAUCCCGCCGUCUGGUGGUGGAGCAGGUGGAGAAGAAAGAUGGCGGAGAAUACAGCUGUGAGGCCGGCGGACAGAAGAUCAACUUCAAGAUCAACGUCAAAGAACCGGAACCUGCAUUCAUCAACCAGGAGAAGGUCCAGAAGGAGGUCCAGACCAUCCUAAACGAGACGGCGACCCUGAGCUGCGAGGUGUCCCAGGACAAGACCGAGGUGAAGUGGUACAAAGACGGGAAGCUCAUCACCUCCAGCAAGAGGGUGAGGAUAGAGUCUGAGGGCAAAUCCCGCCGUCUGGUGGUGGAGCAGGUGGAGAAGAAAGAUGGCGGAGAAUACAGCUGUGAGGCCGGCGGACAGAAAAUCAACAUUAAGAUCAAUGUGAAAGAACCCGAGCCCGCAUUCAUCAACCAGGAGAAGGUCCAGAAGGAGGUCCAGACCAUCUUGAACGAGUCCACCACCCUGAGCUGCGAGGUGUCCCAGGACAAGACCGAGGUGAAGUGGUACAAAGACGGGAAGCUCAUCACCUCCAGCAAGAGGGUGAGGGUAGAGUCUGAGGGCAAAUCCCGCCGUCUGGUGGUGGAGCAGGUGGAGAAGAAAGAUGGCGGAGAAUACAGCUGUGAGACCGGCGGGCAGAAAAUCAACUUCAAGAUCAACGUGAAAGAACCAGAACCUGCAUUCCUCAACCAGGAGAAAGUCCAGAAGGAGGUCCAGACCAUCUUAAACGAGGCGGCCACCCUGAGCUGCGAGGUGUCUGAGGCCAAGACCGAGGUGAAGUGGUACAAAGACGGGAAGCUCAUCACCUCCAGCAAGAGGGUGAGGGUAGAGUCUGAGGGCAAAUCCCGCCGGCUGGUGGUGGAGCAGGUGGAGAAGAAAGAUGGCGGAGAAUACAGCUGUGAGGCCGGCGGCCAGAAAAUCAACUUCAAGAUCAACGUCAAAGAACCAGAACCUGCAUUUGUCAACCAGGAGAAGGUCCAGAAGGAGGUCCAGAGCAUCUUGAAUGAGACGGCCACUCUGAGCUGCGAGGUGUCCCAGGAUAAGACCGAGGUGAAGUGGUACAAGGAUAAGAAGCUCAUCACCUCCAGCAAGAGGGUGAGGGUGGAAUCUGAGGGCAAAUCCCGCCGUCUGGUGGUGGAGCAGGUGGAGAAGAAAGAUGGCGGAGAAUACAGCUGUGAGGCUGACGGGCAGAAAAUCAACUUCAAGAUCAACGUCAAAGAACCGGAGCCUGCAUUUAUCAACCAGGAGAAGGUCCAGAAGGAGGUCCAGACCAUCUUGAAUGAGACGGCCACCCUGAGCUGCGAGGUGUCCCAGGACAAGACCGAGGUGAAGUGGUACAAAGAGGGGAAGCUCAUCACCUCCAGCAAGCGGGUGAGGGUAGAGUCUGAGGGCAAAUCCCGCCGUCUGGUGGUGGAGCAGGUGGAGAAGAAAGAUGGCGGAGAAUACAGCUGUGAGGCCGGCGGACAGAAAAUCAACUUCAAGAUCAACGUGAAAGAACCAGAGCCCAAAUUCUUAAAGCCCUCCCACAAGGAGCCGAUUAUUGUCCAGGAAUAUGAGGACAUUACACUGGCAACCGCGGUCCACCCAGACAGUAGCCAAGUGAAAUGGUUUAAAGAUGGAACCGAGCUCACGGCAACCAAGAAGUACCAAAUAUCUGCCGAAGGGGCCUCUAGAGUUCUCAUAGUGAAAAUGGCAGAGAGAACAGACAGCGCCGAGUAUACCUGCAAGACGAAAAGCGAUAAGCAGGAGUUCAAAGUACAGGUUAAAGAAAUACCCCAAACGUUCCUACAGAAGUUGGAAGCCCUCACUGGUGAGACGGGGAGCACGGUCACCCUGACCUGCGAGUUGAGCCAAGUGAAGGGAGAUGUUCUUUGGCGGAGAAAUGGGGCAGAAAUCCAGCCCAGCAAACGCUUCCAGAUCCGAGCAGAUGGAACCAAACGCACGCUGAUUAUCACGGGGCUCCGGGCUGAAGACGAGGGAGAAUAUUCCUGUGAAUCCAGGGAUGAUAAAACCAUUGCUCAGCUUAUUACGAAAGCUCCCAGAGUGGUCAAAUUUACCGGAGAGCUUAACAACGUGGUCGUAGAGGAAGGAGCAACGGCCACUUUUAAAUGCACCAUUUCCCUGGAUGACGCAGAGGUGACUUGGUACAGAAAUGGGGUUAAGAUUGAAAGCAGCGAGAAGUACACUACCAGCAAGAAAGGCAAAAUCCACAGCCUUAUUAUCAAUGACCUGAGCCUGCAGGACGCGGCCGAGAUCAUGGCAGAAUCCGAAGGGGUGAAGACCACCGCAAACCUCAAGGUCCGAGAAGCCCCGGUGUUAUUUAAGAAGAAACUAGAAGCCAUCGCAGUAGAAGAAAGACAAACCGUCCAGCUGGAAAUCGAGCUGUCAAAGGUCUCCAAAGAUGUCAGAUGGACGAAAAAUGGAAUUGUUCUCCAACCUGCCAAGAACCUGGAGAUGAAAUCCGAAGGGACUAAGCACACCCUCGUACUAAAAAAUGUCACAUUUGCAGAGCGUGGACUCUAUGCCUGCGAGACGUUGGACGAUAAGACCCAGGCCAAGCUCACCGUGGAAAUGCGCCAGGUGAAGAUUGUGAAAGGUCUGCGGGAUGCUGAGGUCUGCGAGAAAGAAUCGGCCACGUUUGAGGUGGAACUGUCUCACGAGGAGGUCGAGGGGUGGUGGGUCAAAGACGGGAUCAAGAUGAAGCCAUCCGAUAAGUGCAAAAUCACGGCCAAGGGCAAGACACACGGGCUAAGCCUCUCUGCUCUGGAGCAGGACGAUUCGGGCCAAGUCUCGUUUAAAUCUGAAGGAAUACAUACCUCCGCCAAACUCAUCGUAAAAGAACCUCCAGUUAAAAUCACCCAUCCUCUUGAAAACAUUGACACUCCAGAGAAGGAGAACGUGACGUUUGAGUGCGAAGUGUCCAGGUCCAACGCAGAAGUGAAGUGGUUUAAGGACGGAUCUCAGCUACGUCCAAGCAAGAAGAUCACCAUCAUUUCACAAGGCAAGAAAAGGAGUCUCACAAUUCACAAGUGUGAGUAUGAAGAUAAAGGAACGUACAUUUGUCAGACGGGAGAAGAUCAAACUUCGGCCAGCCUAACAGUCCACGCACGAGACAUCCAGAUCAUUAAGCCGCUGGUGGAUGUGGAAGUGGUGGAGAAGGAGAGCGCCUCGUUCCUUUGCCAGAUUUCUCACGACGAUGUCCAGACACAGUGGUACAAAAACAAUGUAAAGCUAAGAGCGGGAGACAAUGUUAAGAUGCGCCAGGAAGGACGGACCUUUGUAUUACUUUUUAAGAGCGUCCAGUCUGAAGAUGCAGCUGAAAUUAAAUUUGUGGCUGAAGCAGCGGAGUCCCGAGCCAAGCUGAGCAUUAAAGAACUUCCAGUGAAAAUCAUCAAACCGUUGAGGGACAAGAUCGCCAUCGAGAAACACAGGGUGUUCCUUGAGUGCCAAGUGUCUCGAGCCAACGCCAACGUGACUUGGUAUAAAAAGGACAAGGAGAUCGCCCCGGGUGAUAAGUAUGAGAUCGUGAGCCAAGGACUGUACAGAAAGCUCAUCAUUAACGAGGCCGAGUUUGAGGAUGAAGAUACUUACACCUGUGAUGCUGUAGACGACAAGACGUCGGCCAAGCUGUUGGUUGAAGAACAAUCUAUCAAUAUCGUGAAAGAUCUGACCGACGUAGAAGUGACUACGCCUGAAAAGGCGACUUUUGAAUGCGAGACGUCGAUAGUAUCGGUGAAGCCACCAAAGUGGAUGUUGGGCAGAGAUGUUCUUCAGGACGGAAAGGAUGUUACCAUAGAGCAGGAAGGAACCACACACCGUCUAAUACUCUGGAAAACGACCCCUGAGAUGACGGGAGCUGUCCAGUUUCAUAUUGGAAAAUCCAAGUCCUCGGCCAACCUGGUCGUAAAAGAUAUCCCACUGAAGGUAACCCAGAAAAUGGAAGAUAAGAGCGUCAACGAAAACCAGACUGUCAUUUUAUCUUGCGAAUUCAAACCGGCACCCAAAUUUGUAGAAUGGUACCGGGGCAAAACUCUAAUAGAACCAUCAGAGAGAUACAAAAUAAAACAGGACAUGCACAUGGCUGAGCUCCGGAUCGUCAAGGUGAAUCCAGACGACGCCGGCGUGUACACCUGCAAAGCGGGAAACGUGGAGACAUCGGGCACACUGGCCGUCAAAGCCCGCGACGUGAAAGUGUUGAAGCCUCUGGCCAACGUAGAGGUCGAGGAGGAAAACGGGGCAAUGUUUUCUUGUGAGUUAUCUCAUGACGAUGAGGAGGGCGAAUGGUUCCUCAAUGGCACUCUCCUCUACUCCAACAACGUCAAUGACAUUAAGAAGAUCGGAGGUACUCACACGCUGACCCUGAAACAGCUGGCACCAGAGGACUCCGGGACAGUGAGCUUCAACACCAAGAAAUUGUCCCUCAGCGCCGAGCUGAAGGUCAAAGAAAAGGCAGCUGUGUUCAUGAAGUCCCUGGACGACGCGGUUGGGGAAGAACGUGGGAUUAUAACCCUGGAGUGUGAAGUCUCCAAACCCAAAGUCAAGCCAGUGUGGAAGAAAAACGACGCGAUUUUACCCAACGGCGACAAAUAUCAGCAAAUGCAGGCCGGGAAAACCGUGUGCUUGAUUAUCCAUGACCUGAGCAGGAGCGAUGCGGGGCUGUAUACGUGCGAUAUCGGGACAGACGUCGCAAGGUCUAAAGUCAGCGUUCAAGAGCUCAGUAUCGGAAUAACCAAACGUCUGAGGACCACGGAAGCCAAGGAGGGCGAGAGCUGUGUCUUCGAGUGCAUCCUUUCUCACGAAAGCAUCGAUGAUUGCUGCUGGAGCGUCAACGGCCAGACCAUCGAGGACGACGACCGGUUUGAGGUCUCCAAUAAGGGUCGUAAAUACAUGCUCACCAUUAAGGAAGUGAGGGCCAGCGACUCGGGUGAAGUGGUCUUCACAGCUCGCAAUUUGACUUCCAAGGCCUCGCUUAUAGUGAAAGAAAAGCCGGCCGUGAUAGCGAAACCUCUGGAAGAUAGGACGGUGACCGCGGGAGAAGACGUUGUCCUGAGAUGCGAGCUCUCUAAGCAGGACAUAAACAUAAAGUGGACAAAGGAUGGAAAGGUGUUGAAGAACACCCAAAAAUACGAACUCAUCCAAGAAGGGACAGAGGCCAGGUUGACGAUUCAUGAAGCCACGUCGAAGGAGUCCGGGGAAUACGUUUGUGAAACUAGCGUCUCCAAGACCAAAGCCACCGUUCUAAUCACAGAAAAGCCAAAUCGCUUCACCAAAGAGAUCUCGGACAUUGAAGAGGAGGAAGGGGAAACGGCGGCGUUCCUGUGUGAGACGGAAAAAUCUGCCGCAUCGGCGACCUGGAGGAAAGGAAGCGCCGAAAUCAAACCAAGUGACAAGUAUGAAAUUAAGCAGAAGGGCAAUGUCCUCAGUCUGACCAUCAAUGACCUAAAGGAGACAGACAGUGAUACUUACGUAUGUGACAUUGGUGAAGCGCAGACCAAAGGCUCGCUCGCUGUUAAAGCCGCGCAGGCUUAUUUCAAGCGUGAACUGCAAAGCACCGAGGCCGUGGAAGAUGAAACAGCGACGUUGUCAUGUGAAAUAUCCAACCCCAAAGCGGCAGUGAAAUGGAAGAAAGACGAGAAAGCCCUCGAACCGAGUGAGAAGUAUGAGAUGAGAGUGAAGGACCACAAGGUGGAGUUGCUGGUUCAUCAUUUGGUGAAGGAGGACGCCGGGAUUUACACCUGCGAGGCCGGAGAGCAAAAGUCUACAGCGACGCUAGCGGUGAAACCUGUGCAGGUUCUCUUUAAACGCGGUCUCAGGAACGAGAAAGUCAAGGAGGGAGUCUCUGUGAAACUGCACUGCGAGCUGAGCAAGGCCGGCGCCCCCGUCAGAUGGACCAAAGGAGAGCAAGCCCUCGAGCCCAGCGAGAAAUAUGACAUUAAGCAGCAAGGAACAGUGGCUGAACUCUCCAUCCUCAACGCCAAGCCAGAAGACUCCGGGGACUACACGUGUGACACAGGAGACCAAAGAAGCACAGCGCAUGUGACAGUGACCGCUCUCCCAGUUCGCUUUAAAGAAGACCUGAAGGACACGGACGUGGAGGAAGGCUCCUCGGUGACGUUGUCGUGUGUCAUCACCAAACCCCAUGCCCCUGUGGUGUGGAAGAAAGGAAUUACGGUCCUGCAAGCCAGCGAGAAAUACGAAUUUAUACAGAAGGAGACCCAGGUGGAGCUGGUUAUCCGAAACGCGGUGACGGAGGAUUCGGGGAGCUACACGUGUGAUACCGGGGACCAGCAAACGUCCGCUCGGGUCAAAGUCUGUGAGGUACCAGCGCAAUUCACAGAAGAACUGAAGCAUCAGGAGGUGACAGAAGGAGAAGCGGCCACGCUGCGCUGCCAACUUACUAAAUCCGACGUCACGGUGCAAUGGAAGAAAGAAAACAGAACCAUAAAACAGAGCAAAAAGUACAAGAUACGGCAGGAGGGCGCGGUGUCCGAGCUGAUCAUACGGGAUCUCGAGCCAGAAGACGCUGGAGAUUAUUCCUGUGUGUGCGGAGAACAGCAAACCACAGCCACGGUGAAAGUAACCGCUCUCCCACACGAAUUCAAGGAAGAGCUGAUGAACAAAGAGGCCGUUGAAGGCGACUCGGUCACUUUGCGCUGCGAACUGACCAAGUCUGGAGCUUCUUUAGAAUGGAGGAAAGAAGACAAAACCCUCCAACCAAGCGAUAAAUACAAGGUCCUUCAAGAUGGCCUUAUCGCUGAGCUCGUUAUCAAUAACGCGGACCUUCAUGAUACCGGGAAGUACACCUGUGUGUGCGGAGACAAGCAGACAGCGGCAAACGUCACCAUCAAUGCUCUACCGCCAAGGUUUAAGGAAGGCCUACAGAACAAGGAAGCCGUCGAAGGGAGCUCGGUAACUUUACGUUGCCAGCUGACCAAACCCAACGCUUCCCUGGAAUGGAGGAAAGGAGGAAACCUUCUCAGAACGAGUGAUAAAUACACUUUUAUCCAACAAGGUCUUGUCGCGGAGCUGCAUAUCAGCAAUCUGGUUCUACAAGAUGCCGGGGAGUAUACCUGCGUGUGCGGAGACUACAAGACAACGGCUUCGCUGAACGUGAAUGCCUUACCACCGCAAUUUAAAGUACCGCUAAAGAGCAAGGAAGCCGUCGAAGGACAAUCGGUCACCUUCCGCUGUGAACUGACCAAGCCCAACGCUUCUCUGACAUGGAAGAAAAGCAACCAGAUUCUCGAACCAAACGAUAGAGUCAGGACCGUCCAGAAAGGCCUUGUCGCGGAGCUGGUGAUCAGCAAUCUCACUCUGCAAGAUGCCGGGGAAUAUACGUGUGUUUGUGGAGAUCAGAAAACGUCAGCUUCGUUGGCAGUGACUGCGCUCCCUGUAAUUUUCGUGGAAGAAUUGAGAGAUGACGUGGCGACAGAAGGUCAGACCGCCAUCUUGCGUUGCGAGCUGAACAAGUGUGACGAAACCGUUUCUUGGAAAAAGGAAAAUCGAGCGCUCGAAGCAAGUGACAAAUACAUUAUGCUGCGGGACGGGGGUUCCGCCGAACUGAAAAUUCAGAACCUUGAACUGAAAGAUGCCGGAACCUAUUCGUGCGUAUGCGGAGACCAGCAAACCAAAGCAACCGUGACAGUGCAGGAAUUGCCGGCACUUUUCAAAGAGGGAUUAAAAAAUAAGGAAGAGGUCGAGGGUCAGAGCGUCGCUUUCCGCUGUAAGAUGACUAAACCCAACGCCAAGGUGGAAUGGAGGAAAGGUCACGAAACCCUUAAAGGCGGGAAAAAGCAUAAACUGCGACAGGAGGGGGUCGCAGCGGAACUAAUAAUCAGCGAUCUGGAACUGAAGGAUUCUGGGAAUUACACGUGUGUUUGUGGAGAGGAGGCCACUACAGCAACCUUAACAGUGACGGAACUUCCCGCUCGCUUCAACGUUGGCCUGACAAACGUUGAAGUUACGGAAGGGGGGAAGGCCGUUCUGCGCUGUGGGGUGACCAAGCCGUCGGCCCCCGUGCAGUGGAAGAGAGGAGAGAAAGAUCUCAAACCGACAGACAAAUACGAAAUGAGACAGGACGGUUGUACCGUAGAGCUAGUGAUCAGUGACGUAGAGACGUCCGAUAAGGGAACCUACAUGUGUGUCUGCGGCGAACAGAAGACGUCCGCUUCGCUAACUGUGCACGCUUUGCCCAUAAUUUUCAAAGAGGAACUGAAGGACGUGGAGGUCACGGAAGGCGACGCGGUCACCCUGCGCUGCGUGGUGAAUAAAGCCAGCAUUCCCGUGGAAUGGAAGAAGAACGGAAGCAAACUCAGAGCCAGCGACAAAUAUGUCUUCCGGCAAGACGGCCCGACCGCUGAGCUGUCCGUCUGUAACGCCGACGUGAAGGAUUCGGGCGAAUAUUCAUGUGUGUGCGGCGACAAGAAAUCUUCUGCCAUGGUGAAAGUCAACGCCAUCCCUGCAUUUUUUGAAGAAGAACUUAAGAGCAUUGAAGCGACGGAAGGGGACGUAGCAACUCUACGUUGUCAGCUCAGUAAACCGGACGCUUCUGUGAAAUGGAUGAAGGGAGCCCAGGAGCUAAAACCUGGAGAUAAAUACAAAACAGAGCAGAGAGGGACCACCGCCGAGCUGCUGAUCCGUAACCUUGUGCUGGGGGAUUCCGGCUCUUACACCUGCGCGUGCGGAGAAAAGCAGACGACUGGCAACCUAACCGUGACCGCUUUGCCGGUCGUUUUCACCCAACCUCUCCAGAACUGCGAGGUCCAGGAGGAGAAAACGGCGACCUUACGCUGCGAGCUUUCUAAGCCUAACGCUGCCGUGGAGUGGAGGAAAGGAGGUCUCGGUCUACAGCCCGGCACCAAGUACGAGAUGAGGCAGAAGGAGCGGACGGUCGAGUUGCUGAUACACAACCUUAAGCUUGAAGACACCGGAGAGUACAGCUGCGAUACGGGAGACCAAGAAACAAAAGCAUAUCUAACAGUGAAAGCCGUGCCAGUACUCUUCAAGAAACCCCUGAAGAACACUGUGGUGGAAGAUGGUGUGACUGUCACGCUCCGCUGUGAAACCAGCAAACCCAAUGCUCCUCUGGAAUGGAGGAAAGGAACGAUGGUGCUCUUCCCGUGCGCCAAAUACGAGAUGAGGCAAGAGGGCGCGGUGGCCGAAUUGGUUAUUUAUGACGCCGAGGCAGAAGAUGCUGCCGACUAUACGUGUGAUACGGGAGACAACCAGACUACUGCCACGGUUAAAGUAAACGUCCUCCAGUUUGUGAAGACGCUCCAGAACGUGGAAGUCGAGGAGCGCGGAACAGCGAGAUUCCGCUGUGAAUUGUCUGCCAAGAUGGCGACGGUGGAGUGGCAGAAAGGCACUAGAAAGCUACAACCCGAUGCCAAGUAUGAAAUGAAAGAAGACGGUCCUGCGCGAGAGCUGAUUAUAAGCAACCUGGAGAUGGAGGAUGCUGGAGAGUACACCUGUGUGGCUCGGAACAAGAAGUCCUCAGCGACGCUAACUGUUAAAGAAGUGGACGUGACCGUAGUCCACGGCCUGAAGGACGUGUCUGUGUUUGCCGGUGAGGAUGUGGAGUUCAGAUGCCAAGUGUCUCAUGCGGAUGCCAAGGACGUCGAAUGGAAACUGCAGGGAAUCACUCUAGAGACCAACGAAAUGAAUGAGAUUUCAGUGGAGAAAGAGAAGGUCCAUCUCCUGAAGCUGAAAGGAGUGACUUUGGAGGACUCCGGAACGGUCAUCUUUAGGGUGGGGCCAUAUACAUCGACAGCCGAGCUCGUAGUCAAAGCUCCACUGCCGGUGUUUACCAAAGAGCUGAAGGACACAGAGGUGGAAGAAGAUGCCGGGGUUGUUUUGCAGUGCGAGGUCUCCCAGCCUGGUGUCCGCGUGGUUUGGAGAAAAGGCACAGAACAGAUCUCGCCGAGUGCGAAGUAUGACAUCCGGGACCUCGGAACUGUCCAGACGCUGCAGAUUUCCAGCUUAAAACCAGAAGAUUCUGGAGUUUAUAUCUGUGACAUCGGAAGUCAGCAAACCAAAGCAAAAGUAUCCGUUUCAGCGAUACCGGUACUUUUUGACCAGGAGCUCCAGAACCAGACUUGUGAGGAAGGCUCCGCGGUCGUCGUUCGAGCCCAGCUUUCGAAGCCCAACGCUCCCGUGCAAUGGACGAAGGGCACGGUGCCCCUGCAGGCCGGCGACAAAUACGAAAUAAAACAAAAGGGGAAGACGGUGGAGUUAAUUAUCCACGGUGCUGAGCCGCACGAUUCCGGGGAUUAUACCUGCGAUACAGGAGACCAGAAGACCACUGCGGCCGUGAGUGUUACAGCGCUGCCGGUGCAGAUAACACAACCGCUGCAGAACCAGGAGGGUGAAGAGAACAGAUCAGUCAUCCUCCAUGCGGAGAUCUCUAAACCCAAUGCCCCAGUCACGUGGAAGAAAGCUGGGUCAACGCUCAAGCCAGGGGCCAAGUACGAGAUGAGGCAAACGGGGCAUGUGGUGGAACUCCAUAUACACAAACUCCAGCAGUCCGACGCCGGGGAAUAUACCUGCGACACCGGGGACCGCUCAUCAACCGCAGCCGUCUCUGUCAAAGAACCUGAACCAUUCAUUGUUGACCAAUUGGAGAACAUUAUAGUAGAGGAAGGAGAAGACGCCAUCUUCAAAUGUAAGGUGUCCAAGGACAAUGCGAAAGAUGUUCAGUGGUAUCUGGCUGGCGUUCCCCUGCAGAAUAAUGAGAUGAACGAGAUAUCUGUCCAUAAGGGCAAGAUUCACACUUUGACUUUAAGGAAGGUGUCCCUGGAAGACACGGGCCUCGUCAGCUUUAGGGUUGGACAGAACACCACUGUUGGAGAGCUUACUGUAAAAGCCGUUACGCUGAGUUUCUCACAGCCCCUCAAGGCCGCUGAUGUAGAGGAGAAUGGAGUGGCUGUCUUGCAAUGCCAACUGUCCAAACCCAAUGUCCAAGUGGAGUGGAGGAAAGGAUCGACCGCGAUCCAACAAGGAGGGAGGUACGAAAUCAGCAUCCAGGGGACCGUCCACGAGCUGCGUAUCGAGGAUGCUGCGCCUGAAGACUCCGGAGAGUACAGCUGCAGCGCAGGGAGUGAAAAAACCUCAACAAACCUGAAAGUCAAAGCCCUCCCGGUGGUCUUCAAAAAGGAACUCGAGAACAUUGAGCCGGAGGAGGGGCAGUCAGCGGUCUUACAGUGUGAGAUGUCCAAGGCUGGUGCCCACGUAGAGUGGAGAAAAGGCGCGUUGGUCUUACAGCCCAACGAAAAGUAUGAAAUGAGGCAAACGGGCACCACGGCGGAGCUCCUCAUUCAUAACAUGGACCUCGAGGAUUCUGGAACUUACACCUGCUGCGCAGGAGACACGCGGACCAGCGCUUCGGUUUUUGUUCAAGAGAGUGAUGUAGAGAUAGUGUCGGGUUUAAGGAACGUGGACGUCUUUGCUGGGGAGACAGCCAUGUUCUCCUGCGAGCUUUCCAGGCAGAACCUCCGGAAAGUUCAGUGGUGGCUCGACGGUUCUCCCCUGCAGAACAGCUCGGUGAACGACAUAUCCGUGCACGACGGCAAAGUCCACACUUUAACCCUAAAAAACCUUGGGGCCAAUGACUCUGGCGUUGUCACCUUCAAAGCUGGGUCCCUCAUUUCUUCUGCUAAACUGCUAAUCAAAGAUCCAACCAUUGAGGUGGUCAGUCCCAUGAAGGACGUUGCCAUCGAUGAAGAUGACACCGCAGAGUUCAUCUGCCAGUACUCUAGGCCCGUGCACGCCACCUGGAAGAAAAACGAUGUUGAGGUUCGGGCGGACGGAAAACGAGUCUUUAUCGAGCAGGACUGGAAUGUAGCCAAGUUGACAAUUAAGCCGGCGGUGCCAGAAGACAGAGGCGUCUAUGUGUGCGAAGCUGACGGCACUAGAGUUGUCGCUAUGCUAGAAGUCGAAGCCAAGAAUAAAAUCCUACAAGGGCUGGAGAACAUAGACGCAGUGGAAGGAGGUGAAGCUCUGUUUGAGUGUUACUUGGCCAAGCCGGAGAGUUGCGACUACAACUGGCUAGUUGACGAUGAGCCGGUCAAGACGUCGGAGAAUGUUGAGAUGGUCUUCUUCGAGAACGGCCGUAGACAUCUUCUCUUACUCAAGAACCUCACUUCUGAAGAUAGCUGCAGGGUGACCUUCAUAACAGGCGAUGUGGUUUCCUCAGCUUUCCUGACUGUUCGAGGGUGGCGCCUGGAAAUUUCGAAGCCUCCAGCAGACACAGAAGUCGUUGCUGGCGACAAAGCAAUGUUUAGCUGCAUGUUAAGCGAAGCCGUACCAGUAAACGAGGUAGCCUGGUAUUUUAACGGUGUAACCAUCCAACAAGAUGAGCACUGGGCAAUGCAGGUGGAAGGAAACCUGUACAAACUGAUUCUUACAGACGCUCAGCCGCACCAUUCCGGAGAAGUUGCCUUUGCUUCAAGAGAUGUAAUAGUAUCAGCCAAACUCUCUGUCCUUGCCCUCCCCGAUCCCCCAGAAGAACCGGAGAUUGUAAGUAAGACCCACCACUCGGUGACACUGUCCUGGUUCACUCCACUGAGUGACGGUGGCUCAACCAUUGUAGGAUACAAUGUUGAAAUGAAAACCCCUGAUAGUGACUGGCAGCUGUGCAACCAUGAAAUGAUUCAGAACAUGGAAUAUGUGGUGGACAAUUUGGCUCCUGGAGUGGCCUACAGAUUCCGCAUUUCCUCAGUAAAUAAACUUGGAGUUGGUGAACCGGUUCAUUUACCCCAGACGGUACAGCUAGAAAAACAGGUCGCCGUACGGCAGGAGCUCAUAAACAAAACAGCCCGUGUCGGGGAAAGCGUUCGCCUCGAGUGUGAGUUGUCAAAGGAAAGCAAUGACGUCACAUGGAUGAAAGAGAGAGCGCCGCUGCAACCAGGAGAGAAAUACAGCUUUGUGUCCGAAGGGAAAAAGCAAGCGCUUGUUAUCCAGAAUCUGACGGCGGCUGACCAAGGCACGUACACGUGCCUGACCUCAUCCGGUUCGCAAACAACCGCCAGUCUGUCCUUGGAAAAACAAAUAAUCCCAGAAGUAGUGACCGUACAAGAGAUUCUUAAUCUCGGCCAAGAGAAGACCGACCUCACGACCGAGAACGAAGAUGGUACUCAACCGAGUCUUCCCCCUGAGGCUGCCCAAGAAGGCGAUCUCCAUUUAUUAUGGGAGGCUCUGGCCAAGAAGAGGCGAAUGAGCCGAGAACCUACCUUGGAUUCCAUCUCCGAGGUUCCCGAAGAGAACGAGAAGCUCAGGUUGAAGCGGGAAGCUGAUAAACGCUCGGAGAUCUCGGGCGAUAUAUCGGAUGACCUGCACACAAGCGAGGCGGAUUUCUCCAUGACGAGUUCCGAUGACGAAUCGCGGGCAGGAACCCCGUCUCUGGUAUCUUUUCUUAAAAAAGCAAGCAAAUCAACCAUCACGUAUGGUACAAAAGUUCAACGAGUGUCAACCAGCAAAUUCUUCAAGACAUUUGAAGUAUCGACAACGGAGACCAAGGAACAACCGCCACCCCAAAAGACAGAGGAGCCCGAGGCACUUGACAUCUUGGACGAUGACCCGGCUUUAGAUAAAGCGGCCGUGAAAAUCCAAGCCGCUUUCAAAGGCUACAAAGCCCGAAAGGUCAUCAAGCAGCAGGAAUGCCCGGCCUUUGCGGAGACAUUUAAGGAUUUUGAGGUUGAGCUAGGAGGAACGGUCCAUCUCGAAUGUGUCGCCAUUAGCAAGACUGACAUUAUUGCUCGUUGGCUGAAAGAUGGGAAAGAGCUUUCCGAUGGCCGGCAUUAUCACAUAGACAAUUACACUGACGGGACGUGCUCGUUAAUCAUCACGGCCGUGGAGCUGCAGGACACCGGGGAAUAUACAUGCGAAGUUUCGAAUAAGUUUGGCUCCGUCAGCCACAGUGCUAAGUUGGUAAUAACAGGUGGGGAGAAACAAAAGGUCAUAGCGAAAAAAAUAAUAUCUCAUACCAGAUCCGGUACAGACAGCGAAACCGAGAGCACCUCAGGAAGCGAUUUGGAUGAUGCCUUCAGGAAAGCGGGAAGAAGACUUCACAGAAUCUUCCAAUCUAAGUCCUCCCUGGAACGGUCUGACGUGGAAGACGAGAUAUUUGUUAGCGCCGAUGAGGGAGAACUGCCCCCAAUAGACCACCAGACGUACCGCGAGGACGACAGAUAUAUAUACAUCAGGUUUGAAGUCAUGUUGGAAGCUACGGUAGCUGCCACGCGAUUCAGGGAGAUGUUCUCCGCCAUGGGCAUUCCAGUUAAGAUAGAUAUUUUGGACCAAGGUCCGAAGAAGAUCGAAUUAAGAAUAAUGAAGGUAGAAAAGGGAACCACUGAGCAGCAAAGAAUGGAAGCCAAGCACCAAAUGACCAUGUUAACAUCAGACACCGCACCUAUCUUUAUUACCGAGCUUCAGAACCAAGAGGUUCAAGAUGGCUACCCGGUCAGUUUUGAUUGCGUUGUUAUCGGAAAACCAAUGCCAACGGUCCGCUGGUUUAAAGACGGGAAGGUCAUUGAAGAGGACGACCAUUAUAUGAUCAACGAAGACCACGAAGGAUGUCACCAGCUCAUCAUAACCGCCGUCAUCCCAAAAGAUAUGGGGGUAUAUAGAUGUCUGGCCGAAAAUCGCAUGGGGGUAUCGUCCACCAAGGCCGAGCUCAGAGUUGACUUAACCAGUUCAGAUUACGAUACGGCAGAAGCCACCGAGACAUCGUCCUAUUUCAGUGCCCAGGGUUAUAUGUCCAGGGAACAAGAAGGGUUGGAAUCGGCCACCGAAGAGGAACAGCUGCCCCAAAUCCUGGAGGAACUACGGGACAGCCUUGUUGCCCCGGGAACCCCGAUUGCCAAAUUUGAAAUUAAAGUAAAAGGAUACCCCUGUCCCCGUGUGUACUGGUUCAGGGACGGGCAGCCCAUUCAUGCUUCUGACAGAAUUCUCAUCACCAAUAAGAAGAAGAUGCAUUCUUUGGAAAUUCUAAACGUUACCAAGGAGGACGCCGGGGAAUAUUCGACGUAUAUCAGUAACUCCUCGGGCUCGGCCUACUCGUCCGCCAGGCUUGUGGUCAAAGGACCAGAGGAGCUGCAAAAGGACAAACCGACAGAAGCCGCGGGAGACAAAGAAAAACCUAUCCCACCUAUGUUCCUGGAGAGAUUCACAAAUAAGAAAGUUCAGAAAGGUUCCAGCAUCACGUUAUCCGUGAAAGCUGAAGGUAUACCAGCGCCAACAAUUACAUGGCUGAAGGAAGAAUCCCCAGAAGACGUCCUUUGGAUCAAGCCGGAGACCCCUGGGUACAAACUGGCCAGCUCCAAAAUGCACCACAGCCUCAUCUUGUUGGACGUGGGCACGGAGUUCUCAGGAAUUUACACUUGCAUCGCGACCAACAAAGUCGGACAGUCCAUCUGUAGCGCCUCCGUUGAAGUUGUAGAAGCAAAAGAAGCAGAGGUUCUGGCAGAGACUGACAAAAUUGUGAAGGAAGUCUUACUCAGAACAUCCCAGCAAGGAUUUGGCGAAAAGGAGAAGGAUGGAGGUGUAAUUGGCAUUUCAGUCCAACCUCCUGAAGCAGAAGGAGAAGGUGGAGAACCCAGCAGCGGGCCGGGAGCCAAACCCCACAUUUCUCUGACAGACGUCGGGACAGAAGAAUUCUUCCAGAAGCUGACAACACACAUAACAGAGAUGGUGUCGGCCAAGAUAAGCCAAGCCUCGCUGCGGGUCCCAGGCAUGCAAGGCAUGGACAGCGACGACGAAUCCAAAACUCCUUCAGCAUCUCCUCGCCACGGCCGCUCCAGACCUUCUUCCAUUGCUAUUGAGUCGUCCUCAGAGUCAGAGGACGGGGACUCCAGAGGAGAGAUAUUUGAUAUCUUCGUGGCGACAGCUGAUUAUAACCCCAUCAUAGCCGACAAGGAGUCGAUAACUUUGAAAGAGGGGCAGUAUGUGGAGGUCCUCGAUUCCGCUCACCCGCUCAAGUGGCUCGUCCGCACGAAGCCCACCAAAUUCAGCGCGUCCCGGCAAGGCUGGGUGUCUCCGGCCUAUCUGGAUAAGCGUCUAAAGUUGUCUCCAGAGUGGGGAUCGGGAGACGCAGUGGAGUCCCCGGGAGACAGUGUCUCUGAAGAGGAUUAUAAAAAGAAGUUAAGCACUCUCAUCCAGGAGCUGCUGAGUACGGAGAAAGAAUACGUCCGAGAGCUCCAGUUUCUGCAGACGCACCACAUCCAGUACACCGAGACAUGCGGCGACGUCCCGGAGACCGUGGCCAACCAGAAGAGCACCAUCUUCCGAAACAUCAGCGACAUCGGUGGCUUCCAUACAAACAAUUUCUUUCCUGAACUUAAGAAGUGUGACACGGAUGACGACGUGGCCAUGUGCUUCAUAAAGAACGAGGAAGAAUUCAACAAGUACAUCAUGUACCUGGUGGGACGCGUUCAGGCCGAAUCGGUCGUGGUCGGAAACGCCGUCCAGGAGUUCUACAAGAAAUACACAGAGGACACGUACGCGCUCGCUGACCCCUCCAAACCUCCGCCUCCCCCUCUACAACACUACCUGGAGAGACCCAUCAACCGGAUCCAGAGAUACCAAGUCAUCCUCAAGGAACUGAUCCGCAACAAGGCGAGAAAUGGAAAGAACUGCGCUCUCCUUGAACAAGCCUACGCCAUUGUGUCAGCGCUCACUCGCCGCUCAGAAAACUUUCUUCAUGUGUCCAUGAUUGAGAAUUAUCCCGGAACCCUGGAGGCGCUCGGAGAACCAAUCCGCCAGGGACAUUUCAUUGUGUGGGAAGGAGCUCCUGGAGCACGAAUGGCCUGGAAAGGUCACAAUCGCCACGUAUUCCUCUUUAAGAACUACGUUGUCAUCUGUAAACCCAAGCGGGACACGCGGACGGACACCUAUAGCUACGUUUUCAAGAACAUGAUGAAGCUUACAAACAUAGAUGUGAACGAUCAGGUUGAAGGUGACGACAGAGCCUUUGAGAUAUGGCACGAACGGGAAGACUCGGUCCGCAAGUACCUGCUGCAGGCGCGCACGUUCAUCAUCAAAAACUCCUGGGUGAAAGAUAUCUGCGGCAUCCAGCAGCGCUUCAGUCUGCCUCAGUGGAAUCCUCCGCAGUUCAUAGAGUUUUUGGCAGACUGCACGGCCGAGCUCGGGGAAACCGUUAAGCUGGCGUGCCGAGUAACGGGAACACCGAAACCUAGCGUCAGUUGGUAUAAAGAUGGCCGACCUGUAGAGGUUGACCCCCACCACAUUAUCAUCGAAGACCCCGACGGUUCCUGUACUCUCAUUCUGGAUAACCUGACGGGCGCCGACUCCGGCCAAUACAUGUGUUUUGCGGUCAGUGCCGCGGGAAGCGCCAGCACGCUGGGAAAAAUACUGGUCCAAGUUCCUCCGAGGUUCGUCAACAAACUCCGAAACUCUCACUUUGUGGAUGGGGAGGACACUCAGUUUACCUGCACCAUUGAAGGAGCUCCUUAUCCUCAAAUAAGGUGGUACAGAGAUGGUUCUCCAUUGCCUGAUUCCGGGAGACACCAGACCUUUGCUGAACCACGGAGCGGUGUGCUAGUGCUGGUGAUAAAGAAUGCCACCAAGGAGGACGUUGGGUAUUAUGAAUGUGAGCUGGCGAAUCGGUUGGGAUCAGCGCGCAGCGGGGCAGAUUUAAACCUACAGACGGCGUCUUUAUUGGCCCACGAGAGGAGAGGAGACCAGACCAUCACCAUUGAAGUUACUGAGCAAGAAACUAAAGCCCCCAAGAAAACCGUCAUCAUAGAGGAGACCAUAACAACAGUGGUGAAAAGUCCAAGGAUGAGGCGCAGGGUGUCCCCUUCUCCUUCACGGCCUGCUUCUGGUCAAUCCCCAUCGCGAUCUCCAAGACCUGAAAUGCUAACUCCGGAGCCGCAGUACCUGAUGAGGAGCAAGCAGCCCGUCUACAAGGUGGAGCACGAAACCAAGAAGACAAUCGUCCCCACGUUGUAUGUGACAGAACCAGACGCAGAACGAGGCGCGAGAGCAGAAGAGCAAAAGAACAGAUGGGUCGAAGUUGAGGAAAUCAUUGAAUUCAAGGUGAAAAAAUCCCCCAAACUACCAAGAAAAAGAGGGACUUCUCCAGCAAAGCCCGAUGAUGGAGGAGCAAGGAAGUUCACUCAAUAUAGACCAAGACGAUCUCCUGAUGAUGACCCAAACACAAACAACUCCAACAACAAAUUGGUUGAACAAACUAAGUCUUCGUUCAGCUCCUGUAGUUUGUCUGAGGUCGAUCUGCCAUCAAUGGAAUACGGACUCGUAGAAGAUUCAGAAGAGGAAGAUCAGGAGUCUCAGUUUGUUUCUGAGCAAGAGGACAACUCCUCGUUCUUUCUGACAAAUGAUACCAAUGGCUCGCAGACCGGGGAAGAAUGUAGCAAUACUGUCACAGAACCAGGAACCCAACGGGCAACAUUUACCGUUUCUGGAGACGAUGAGACUCCAACUGCGGCAGUAAAUUCAGAGACCGACGAAAAUAUAGGUGAAGAAACGGGCAAAUGGUCUGAGGAAGGGGAAGUUCAAGAUCCAGGACAAAUGGUAUGUUCAGAAGGAGAAGACUGCGUCGUAGAAGAACCAUCAGACGAAGAAUCCGAUGAGCUUAAAAACAGAGAUAAAAAAAUUCUCACCCGUGAUGGGAAACUACUGACGCUGGAAGACCUGGAGGAUUACGUUCCUGGCCAAGGAGAGACUUACGGAUGUGAAGAUGAUGAUGAUGAUGAUGAUUCAAACAACCCAGGAGAUGCUCCUUGUGAGAUAUCUGUACUGCAAGCUGAGAUUAACGAGCCAACCGUUGGCAAGCCCGUGUUACUGAAUGUGGGAAGACCCAUUGUCCCCAAACAAAGGCAGAGUUUUUUCAGCAACUUUAAGGAAAAUAUGACUGGUGGCAUAUUCAUGGCUGCUUCCAGAAUGGGUAGGAUGAACUUGAUGGGGUCCCCAAACGUUUCUUUCCACGUGAAUCAAACCCGCACGGCACAAGCAAGCGUGGCGGGCGCGUCGGCCGGCCGGCCCUCGUUCAACAUCAAACCUUCUUUCUGUACCGAAGUCCAGCGCUCUGCAGAGACCGGGCAGCCCAGCUUCAAAACGGAGGUUUCGACCCGGACCCUGAGCUACGGAACCCUCGGGGAAACCGUAACAUUGCACAUAAGCAAGAACGACCCUUCACAGGGCUAAGGAGAGAGAGCGUGU